AUGGCAGCCGCCGCCGCCGCCACCUGCCUCCCUCUCUUCCUCCUCCUCCUUUCACUACUGAUCGCUGCCUCAACCUCGCCGUCUUCGGCAGCCGCACCAUCAGCGGCAGAGACGCCGCAAGAGCUCCUGCUCGACUUCAAGGCGUCCCUGCAGGACCCAUCGGGCGCGCUCUCCUCCUGGUCGCGCGCCACGCCCUACUGCAACUGGCCGCACGUCACCUGCGCCAGCACCACCGCCGCCGCGAACGCGACCGUCUCCGUCUCCCUCUCCCUGCAGGGCCUCGGCCUCUCCGGCGAGCUGUCCGCCGCCUCGCUCUGCCGCGUGCCGGGCCUCGUCGCGCUGAGCCUCGCGUCCAACGGCUUCAACCAGACCAUCCCGCUGGAGCUGUCGCGGUGCGCCUCGCUGGCCGCGCUCAACCUCAGCGCGGGCGCCUUCUGGGGCCCGCUCCCCGAGCAGCUCGCGCUGCUCACCUCGCUCGUGUCGCUCGACCUCAGCCGCAACAGCAUCGAGGGGCAGGUGCCCGCCGGCCUCGCCGCGCUCGGCGGCGGCCUCCAGGUGCUCGACCUCGGGGGCAACCUGCUCUCCGGCGUGCUCCACCCGGCGCUGCUCCGCAACCUCACCGGCCUGCACCUCCUGGACCUGUCCAGGAACCAGUUCCUCGAGUCCGAGCUGCCGCGGGAGAUCGGCGAGAUGAGCAGCCUCAGGUGGCUGUUCCUGCAGGGCUCGGGGUUCAGCGGCGUCAUCCCGGAAUCCUUCCUCGGCCUGGAGCAGCUGGAGGUUCUCGAUCUGUCCAUGAACAACCUGGCCGGAGUCGUGCCUCCCGGGUUCGGCGGCAAAUUUCAGAAGCUGAUGACUCUGGAUUUGUCACAGAACGGUCUGUCUGGGCCGUUCCCGGAGGAGAUCGCUAGGUGUUCGAUGCUUCGGAGGUUCGAGGUUCACGACAACGCCUUCACCGGGGAGCUCCCCGCCGGGCUCUGGUCGCUGCCGGACCUGCGCGUGAUACGGGCCCAGAACAACCGGUUCACCGGCCGGUUACCCGAGUUCCCCAGCGGCCAGUCUCGGCUCGAGCAGGUUCAGGUUGACAACAACAGCUUCUCCGGCGGGAUACCUCAGAGCAUCGGCCAGGUCCGCACCAUGUACCGCUUCUCCGCCUCCCUAAACGCGCUCAACGGCAGCUUGCCGGACAACCUCUGCGACUCCCCCGCGAUGAGCAUCAUCAACAUCUCCCGCAACGCGCUCUCCGGCACGAUCCCGGUGUUCAAGAACUGCAGGAGGCUGGUGUCGCUGUACCUGGCCGGCAAUGGCUUCACCGGGCCGAUACCGGCGUCCCUCGGAGACUUGCAGGUGUUGACGUACAUCGACCUGUCCAGCAACGCCCUCACCGGCGCCAUUCCGACGGAGCUCCAGAACCUGAAGCUCGCCCUGCUGAACGUCUCGUACAACCAGCUCUUCGGCCGCGUGCCGCCAUCUCUCAUCUCCGAGCUUCCUGCCGUGUUCCUCCAGGGGAACCCGGGGCUGUGCGGCCCGGGACUGCCGAAAGACUGCGAUGCGCCAUCGCGGAAGCGUCAAGGACUGGCGGUGGCCGCAACAGUGGCGUCGUUUCUCACCGGCGUGGCGCUGCUCGCCGUCGGAGCAUUUGCGGUCUGCAAGAGGUUACACGGCGGCGAGUCCUCCUCCUCCCCGUGGAAGCUUGUGCUCUUUCACCCUGUCAAGAUCACCGGAGACGAACUGCUCGCUGGAUUCCACGACAAGAACAUCAUCGGCAGGGGUGCCUUUGGAAGAGUUUACCUGAUCGAGCUCCAAGACGGGCAAAACGUUGCGGUGAAGAGGCUGCUGAAUUCAUCAGGCAAGCUAACAUUCAGAGUAGUCAAGAACGAGAUGAAAGCGCUCGCGAAAAUCCGGCACAAGAACAUCGCCAAGAUGCUGGGAUUCUUCUACUCGGAGGGCGAGGUCAGCAUCAUAUAUGAUUACUUGCAGAGUGGAAGCUUGCAGGAUCUCAUCUGCGCGCCGAAAUUCACGAUCUGCUGGAAGGACCGGAUGAGGAUCGCUCUGGGAGUAGCUCAAGGGCUGGCGCACCUUCACCAUGAUCAUGCUCCUCAAGUGCUGCAUAGAGACCUCAAGUCGAGCAAUGUGCUGCUCGGUGAUGAAUUCGAGCCCAGGGUUACCGGAUUUGGGAUUGAUCGUGUUGUCGGGGAGACGGCGUACCAGUCUUCCAUGUCUUCGGAUCUGAAUUACAUGUGCUACAUUGCACCAGAGCAAAACUGCAGCAAGAAACCAACGCACCUCAUGGACGUGUACAGCUUCGGGGUCAUCCUACUGGAGCUGGUCACCGGAAAGCCAGCUGAGCAGCCGGCGUCCGACGACGGCUCCGUCGACAUCGUCAAGUGGGUGCGGCGGCGGGCAAACGUGACUCACGGAGUGUCGCAGAUACUUGACCCCAGCAUCGCCAGCGCAGCGGCGCACGAGGGGAUGCUGGCCACUCUCGAGCUCGCUCUGCGCUGCACGUCGGUGAUGCCCGAUCAGAGACCGGCCAUGGAUGAGGUUGCCCGGUCGCUGCAGGCACUAUGUUUCAGCGUUCAUCCACAGACGCCGCUGGAGCCAUGA